GGAACCUAACUGGUUUACGGCAAGCAUGUGCAUGGUGGAAAUCUUGUUGUUUUCUAUAUCGUAAGCUGCUCUAGUGUACUCUCUGAUUUACUUCCUAAGCUUGAGCAAAACCUUCUCACGUUUAGGUUUUUAACCCGGAGACAUGGAUGUUGGAGAGCUCCUAAACUAUCAGCCUGAUAGAGGAGCAAAGCGUCCCAGGGAGGAGGAUGGAGGGGCAGCGGGCAGAGAUGAGGACUCCAGAGGAGGAGGGAAGCAGCAGAAAGGGCUAAAUGCCAGGGAGUUGGCCAGAUACCGGGAAGCAGGAGUAGGUCUGGAAGGAGGGGGUGACAUGAGGGAGACUGAGGAGCUGGCGUUGGACAAGAAAAAGAUCCUGGAGAAACUGAUGGACCAGGAUGAAGAAGAACCUGAGGCAGAGCCAGUGGAUGAGAGUUCAGUGAAGAAAAUGAUCCUAACCUUUGAGAAAAGGUCGUACAAAAAUCAGGAACUAAGGAUUAAGUUUCCGGACAACCCAGAGAAGUUCAUGGAGUCAGAGCUGGAUCUGAAUGACAUCAUCCAGGAAAUGCACGUGAUCGCCACAAUGCCAGACCUCUACCACCUGCUGGUGGAGCUUAAUUCCGUCCACUCGCUGCUGGGCCUCCUCAGUCAUGAAAACACAGAUGUUGCCAUAGCAGUGGUGGACCUGCUGCAGGAGCUGACAGAUAUCGACACACUCCAAGAGAGCGAGGAGGGGGCUGAGGUACUCAUAGAUGCUCUGUUGGAGGGUCAGGUGGUGGCCUUGCUGGUGCAGAAUAUGGAGCGGCUGGAUGAACAGGUGAAGGAGGAGGCUGAUGGCAUCUAUAACACACUGGCUAUCAUAGAAAAUAUGGCAGAGUUCAGACCAGGCCUGUGCACCGAGGCAGCUCAGCAGGGACUCAUGCAGUGGCUGCUCAAGAGAAUCAAGACAAAGAUGCCGUUUGAUGCUAACAAGCUGUACUGCAGUGAAAUCCUGGCUAUCCUGCUCCAAAACAAUGACAAUACGAGAGAAUUAUUGGGAGAGAUGGAUGGCAUUGAUGUGUUACUGCAGCAACUAUCUGUGUUCAAACGUCACAACCCAUCCACAGCCGAGGAGCAGGAGAUGAUGGAGAACCUCUUCGAUGCUCUGUGUUCCUGCCUCAUGCUGGCAGCCAAUCGGGACCGCUUCCUCAGAGGGGAAGGGCUUCAGCUAAUGAAUCUCAUGCUUAGAGAAAAGAAAAUGUCUCGAACCAGCGCUAUGAAGGUCCUGGACCACGCCAUGAUUGGACCAGAGGGAGCAGAUAACUGUCACAAGUUUGUAGAUAUCCUGGGCUUGCGGACCAUCUUUCCACUUUUCAUGAAAACCCCAAAGAAGAUGAAGAAAACCGGUGCUACAGAGAAGGAGCAUGAAGAACACGUCUGCUCCAUCAUCGCCUCCAUGCUGAGAAAUCUCAAGUCCCAACAGAGGAGCAGACUCCUCAACAAGUUCACAGAGAACGACUGUGAGAAGGUUGAUCGACUGAUGGAGAUGCAUUUUAAGUACCUGGAGGCUGUUCAACAGGCGGACAAGAGGAUUGAAGGAGAGAAGCACGAGAUGGUUCGUCGGGGAGAGAUCCUAGAUGACGGCAUUGAGGAUGAGUUCUACCUUCGCCGCCUGGACGCCGGGCUAUUCGUCCUUCAGUUGAUCUGCUAUAUUAUGGUGGAGAUCAGCAACUCAGGGAUAUCACAGCUGCAGCAGAGGGUCCAUCAAAUUCUCAACCUGAGAGGAGGCUCUGUCAAAGUAGUGCGACACACCAUGAGAGAGUACGCUGAGAGCAUCGGAGAUGGGAAGAGCGAGGAGUUCAAAGAGGCUGAGCGGAAGAGGAUCAUGGACCUUGUAGACAACUUCUAAUUUCUUAUUUUUUGUCGCUCUCUCUCUCACUCACUCACUCACUCACUCACUCACUCACUCACUCACAC